UCCCGAUUCAGGGCAAGAUGAGGAGCCCGUAGGGCGACCCGUGACUGCAGCCAGGUUUUAAGACUAAUUAAUAAUUGCUUCUCCGCCGGUGCCGGGCAGCAGACACGCGAGCUCCGCGGCGGGACCUGCCGGGGGGACCCGGACGCGGGACUGGAAGGGAGCCCGUGGCGGGCGCUGGGAGUCCCGGGCAGCCGGGGACUCCUCCCCACGCCCCGGCCUGUGGGACCCGGGUUCCCGCCGCGCCUCCGGAGAAUUGAGGGGGGGGUCGGGACGCGCGGGCAGGGGCUUUGCUAAUUGCCAAGCAGGAAGUGAGCGCGGGGAAGAGCUGCGGAGAGAGGGAGGAGGAGACGGAGGAGGCGCUGGAGGAGGAGGGGCGCGCGGAGCCACUGAGAUUUGCUCCCCGCGCGUCGGAAUUGCAGGGCUCCCUGGCUCAGCACCCGGCUCUCCUCCCCAGUCCCGGAGGCCGCUCAGGCCCCUCGGGCGCCCGUCGGCCCCACCCCGCCCCCAUGGCUUCUCCGGACGACCCUCUGCGCGCAGAUCAUUUGGCAAAGGAACCAGUGGAAGACACAGACCCUAGCACGAUAUCCCUUAAUACGUCAGACAAGUAUCCCAUUCAAGACACAGGACUCCCUAAAGAAGAGGAGUGCGAUCCAAUUACUUUGAACUGCCCAGCAAAUUCUGAUGUGCAGCACCAGAAUCUUGCUGAAGUGGUCUGGAAUGGGCUCCAACCUCUGAUAUUUCUCAGUGUUCCAGGACUUUGUGGAGAAGAAAAUGGCUUUCGAGACAGUACUGGAGACCCCCUUUCAGAUGUGAGCAAAGACGCAUCCUGCACGGAGACCUGUUCCUGUCCCUCCUGUUCGCUCGGAGUCCCCACCAUCAGCGACUUGCUCAAUGACCAGGACUUACUAGAUGUGAUCAGGAUAAAGCUGGAUCCCUGUCACCCAACAGUCAAAAACUGGAGGAAUUUUGCAAGCAAGUGGGGCAUGCCCUACGACGAGCUGUGCUUCCUGGAGCAGCGACCGCAGAGCCCCACCCUGGAGUUCUUGCUCCGGAACAGUCAGAGGACGGUGGGCCAGCUGAUGGAGCUCUGCCGGCUGUACCACCGCGCCGAUGUGGAGAAGGUGCUGCGCAGGUGGGUGGACGAGGAGUGGCCCAAGCGGGGGCGUGGAGAGCACCCCAGGAACUUCUAGACCUCCGCUUCUUCUCAUUGGCCUCUCGGACAUUGAAACAAGCACAAGUUAAGGAGCAAUGUGAAUCUGUUCUUUUUUUUCUCUUUCCCCACAUUGUGCUGCACGCAGGAUGUUAGUUCCCUAACCAGGGAUUGAACCCAUGGCGCCUGCACUGGGAACGUGGAGUCUUAACCGCUGGACCGCUGGGGAAGUCCUGACUCUAUUCUUUUUCAGGUUUAGGAGAAGGGCCCAGAAUCAUGGACAUUGGUUUUCCGCAGAGCUGGCAGUUUUGUGGAGGGGUUGGGUAUGUUUUUGGUGGUGGAAUUUCCUUUAGUUUUGCACAUCUGUUUUAAUUUAAUAUUUGAAUCUGGAAUUGGGGAAAAUGCAUUGUAAGCUCCUACAGGGACCAGGGCCAAAUCUAUAAUCAGAAUGGAUUCAUGCCAUGAUGAAAAUAAAAGUUCCCCUCCUUUAAA